AAAAUGAAAUAGACAUAGCAUUUGGAAGCAGAGAUAUGUCUCAACAGCAUCGGAAAAAACAGUUGCUUGAAAAUAACUGAAUUAAUUUCGUAUGAGUCUGUUUAAAACAUUCAUUUAUCGCUGUACAUAUAACGUCAUUUUGCUUUGUUUUAAUGCAAUUUUCGACACAAAAGAAUUGCAAAAAUAAUAUAUUAAAAUGAAAUAUCUAAAAUAUUAUUUAAACAUUAUGUCACACUGUCCUAUUGCACUUAAAACUUGACUUGAAGAAAUAUAGAUAGGGCAAUCCUGGGAAAAUAAGCGAUACGAUAAUAUAAACACUAAAUUACAGUUGAAUGUUGUUUUCAUUUUAAAUUUCAAUGUGUACACAGUCCCUCUGCACUGGACCAUUUAGCUUUCAAAUAAGUUAAGGUUAAUCAAUUAUGGGAUACAUUAUUUAAGAUUUGAGAAAUGAAAUAAUUAACCUGUUUUUCGUAUAUCAUACAAUUGAAUUACUCUGUUUGUAACAAAAACAAACAAACGAUUUAAACAACAACAACACACACACACAAACAGACCAAAUUGCAAUUAUAUACAACCAUAUCUUAAUAAGGAUCUCUUCAUAAACUUGUUUUAAAGUACUUAAAUGAAUGAGAAUCAUGCUUAUGUUUCAGAUGGAUUCGGAAGUCAAGUUCAUCUGUUAACAAUUUGUUUCACGGUUGGGUUCAUAACAAACAGAACAGUUAUUAUUGAAUCGGAUGAAUCGCAGUAUUCAAAAUCAGGAUGGAAAGGAUUGCUUCUUCCCUUGAGCAACAAUUGCACGACAUUGUAUAAUCAAACAGCUCAAGUUGUUUUAAGUUUAUUUAAAUCAGAAGAAAUUCAAGUGAUUAAAGUUGGGUACAAAUCAUUUUACUUUGAUUUGCAACGGACACUUCCAAAGUACCUCGUGAGUGUAGUUCAGACUUUUCAUUCAGACCCACAACUUUGGUGGGCUGGGCAAAUAGCUCAGUAUAUUCUAAGACCUACGCAACACUUGCAAAUACUUAUUGCAAAGAAAAAGAAAGAUCUUGGCUUUCAAAAUGUAAUUGUAGGACUACAAGUUAGAAGAACAGACAAGCUUACUGAAGCUUUCUACUACAAUUUAACAGACUACAUGAAUAUUGCAGAAAAGUGGUACUUAGACUUUGAGAAAAGAUUUGGAUUGACAGGCCUUGAAAGAAGAGUAUUCUUAGCAACAGAUUCAUAUACAGUCGUGGAAGAAGCUAAACAGUUAUACCCUAACUAUGUUUUCAUCAACGAUAUGAAUGCUACGCUUGCAGCAAAUAAGCUUGAAACACGAUACACAUUUUCAUCAUUAUCUGAUAUAAUAGUAGACAUACAUUUAUUAUCUUUAUGCGAUUACCUUGUAUGUACCAUGACGUCAAACGUAUGUAGAUUGGCAUUCGAGCUGAUGCAGACUCGUCAUACAGAUGGCUCAAAAUAUGCUAAAUCUCUAGACUGUGACUAUUAUAUCCAGAGGCUGUACAAGGCACAUUGUAAUAAACGACCAACAAGAGUAGAAACGUUGAUGAAAAUGAUAAAUAAUAAAAUUUAAAUUCCGAUUGAGCAAUUGUUAUAUUUUGGAUUUUUGGAAUAGCAUUUUAUUCUAUGAAUUAUUACAUUUCUCAACUUAAUAUUUAAACUCAUCAUAAUGCAGAUUAACGAUUUUUUCAAACUGUGUGGAUUACUUACUUAAAUUAAAUUAUUUUGUUGUCACAUUUAUUAAAAAAACAAAUAAAUA